AUGGAACUUGGACAUCGACAUAAUCUAUGGUUCAUGUUCGCACAACUGUUUGGUUUGAUCUCCAUGUGUAUUGCUUUCUAUGGCUGUUACGUCAUCGUGCCACUCGGGAAGACAAAGAUCACACCAUAUCGCUUCAGUACGCUGUUCACAAUUGUCGACGUCGCUCAGUGUCUCUACACUAUUCAGAAAUUCUGCUUCGACUUCGCUGCUGCCUUCGAGUUCAUCGAACCGGAUCGACUGCUGACCACCGCUGCUAAAGCGCAA